CUCGGUCCACGCUCGCCGCGGCGCGCGCCCCACCCCCUCUCGCACACCCCCGCCUCCCCUUUCUUCCCUCCGCAUCUCUCCAAGACCAGAUCGGGAGCAACCUGGGAAAGAUCCUCUUAAGUGCCCAAACCGGCAUCUCGCAACAUUAUUAGCGUCGCUCCUCGCUUCCCUCUUGUUAAAAAGUCCCCGCCUCCCUUAUAUUCUCUCCUCUCGCCAUCAUCCCACCCGCUGCCUCCGCCUCCGGCUUUUUACCGCGCCCGCCGCGAAUGGAUUUGCCCACCAGCCAGUGCAAAAAAGUCAAGCUGAGCAACAAAGUGCAGAGCUGGGGGAUGCAGAGAGCUACCAAUGUCACCUAUCAAGCCCACCAUGUUAGCAGAAAUAAGAGGGGCCAGGUGGUGGGGACCAGAAGUGGAUUUCGGGGAUGCACAGUAUGGCUAACAGGACUAUCUGGAGCUGGAAAGACCACUGUUAGUAUGGCACUUGAAGAAUAUCUAGUAUGCCACGGCAUUCCAUGCUAUACUUUAGAUGGUGACAACAUCAGACAAGGCCUCAAUAAGAAUCUAGGUUUUUCACCAGAAGACAGAGAAGAAAAUGUACGUCGGAUUGCUGAGGUUGCUAAAUUAUUUGCGGAUGCUGGCUUGGUGUGCAUUACUAGCUUUAUUUCUCCUUAUGCCCAGGACCGCAACAAUGCAAGACAAAUUCAUGAAGUAGCAAGUCUUCCUUUCUUUGAAGUAUUUGUGGAUGCUCCAUUGUAUGUUUGUGAACAGAGGGAUGUGAAAGGCCUCUAUAAAAAAGCUCGUGCUGGUGAAAUUAAAGGUUUUACUGGCAUUGACUCAGAGUAUGAAAAACCUGAAGCUCCCGAGUUGGUACUCAAAACAGAUUCCUGUGAUGUCAAUGACUGCGUUCAACAAGUUGUGGAACUUCUACAAGAACGGGAUAUUGUACCAGUAGAUGCCUCUUAUGAGGUGAAAGAACUAUAUGUGCCUGAAAAUAAGCUUAAGCUGGCCAAAACAGAUGCAGAAACAUUGCCAACUUUGGAAAUAAAUAAGGUUGAUAUGCAGUGGGUUCAAGUUCUUGCGGAGGGAUGGGCAACCCCACUUAAUGGCUUUAUGAGAGAAAGAGAAUAUCUUCAGUGCCUUCAUUUUGACUGUCUACUGGAUGGUGGAGUCAUUAAUUUAUCAGUGCCUAUAGUGUUGGCAGUUACAGAAGAGGACAAGGAGAGACUGGAUGGAUGCACAGCUUUCGCCUUGCUAUAUGAUGAUCGGCGCGUAGCUAUUGUUCGCAAUCCGGAGUUCUACGAACACCGAAAAGAAGAACGUUGUGCCAGACAGUGGGGAACAACGUGCAAAGAGCACCCAUAUAUCAAGAUGGUUAUGGAACAAGGGGAUUGGCUUGUGGGUGGUGAUCUCCAAGUCCUGGAUCGAAUUUAUUGGAACGAUGGUCUUGACCAGUACCGUCUCACACCGGCUGACUUAAAGCAGAAGUUCAAAGAUAUGAAUGCUGAUGCUGUCUUUGCUUUCCAGUUGCGUAACCCUGUGCACAAUGGGCAUGCCCUGUUGAUGCAGGAUACUCAUAAGCAGCUUCUGGAUCGAGGUUACAGGCGCCCAGUUCUGCUUUUGCAUCCUCUGGGUGGCUGGACAAAGGAUGAUGAUGUUCCUUUGAUGUGGCGAAUGAAGCAACAUGCAGCAGUGCUAGAGGAAGGAAUAUUGAAUCCAGAAACAACUGUUGUGGCUAUAUUUCCCUCUCCUAUGAUGUAUGCUGGACCAACUGAGGUUCAGUGGCAUUGCAGGGCGAGAAUGGUGGCUGGAGCAAACUUCUAUAUCGUGGGCCGAGACCCAGCUGGAAUGCCGCAUCCUGAGACUGGGAAAGACCUCUAUGAUCCAACCCAUGGUGCCAAAGUCUUGACUAUGGCACCAGGAUUGAUAACAUUGGAAAUUGUACCUUUCAGAGUGGCAGCGUAUAAUAAGAAAAAGAAGUGCAUGGAUUACUACGACUCAGAACAGAGACAGCACCCUUACAGUGUAUGAACCUUCCAAGAGUUACCAAAACGAGCUUACUGUAGAUCAGGGCUGUCAAAUUCCCGCCUGCAGGCCAGAUGCGUCACACUCUGAUGAAGGGGAAAAACGUCCUGAUACAUCACUUGAUGCCGCUGUGAUGACGUGAGUUUGACCCCCCUGCUGUAGAUCAUGGGUAGUAUAUUUUUGUAAGCCUAACCUGUACAUCUCUUUGCCGUAGAAUUCAGUCCCCAUGUAUUCUGCCAUCACCAUCAUGAGAGACUGUGUGGAAAAGCAUUAAGUUGAGCGAACUCUUCCAAUCUUCCUAAUUAAUUAGAGCGAAAAGAUGUGUUUACUGUAGUUGGAUUGGAGGAAGGAUGGCUGGCAACAUGUGAAAGCAGAACUCCCAUUUGGGAUGGUGUCUGUAGCAUGCAGCCCAGAUGUAGGGCGAAAUGUUCUUAGGAGAAGGUGCCUGGGGAGCCGCUCUUGAAAUCCCCCUUCAAAGGGAAGGCAUAAUAGCCGCCUGGAUUCAAUGCACACAACUUGGCGCUGUGGGAGAAUGUAAGGUUUUAAUAGGUCUGCCUUUUUUCUUUUAAUCAAAAAGCACCGAACAAACUGAUGGGCUUUUUAUUAUUUCAUGUCUCUUGCCAAAUAGCAGGCCAGAUUUUCUAUAUAAAUACAUGCAUAGUGGCUUGAAAGUCAAAUGAAGUAGAAUGUUUGACUAUUUGUUGCCUGUAAUGAUGAGUGAUGUUAGUCCAGUUAAGCCAUGCUGGACCUCCCAUGGUUAGAACUGUAGGAGUGGCAAGAAUAUUAGAAUGCUCUUGGAUCUCCCUUCUGUCACAGUUUGGGAGUGGGAGAAGAUAAAUUACAUGACAACAUACCGGUCUCCCUUUCCAGUGUUGGAGUACUGUACUGACAGAUUACCAGUCUAUUCCCUAUUUUCAGUAUUAUGUUUUGUCAGCUGUUCCAAAUGAAAAGAGAGCCAGUUAGGGGUAGUGGUUUAGGUAUCAGGAUAUAAACUGGGAGACGGUGAGUUCUAGCCCUACCUUACACACAAAGGUAGCAGGUGACCUUGUGAUAUUCACUCUUGUUUGGCCCUAGGAAGAAGGAGGCAAUGGUGAACCUCAUUUGAAGCCUUGCCCCUUAAAAUUGCAGGGAAUACUCCAGGCAGUUUUCAGGAAUCAAAAAAUAAAAUGACUCAAAGAAACUCCCCAACUACAAUAGCCUAAAUAUUAUAUUGAUUCUCACAGAAAUCUGGCACAAUCUAGGGCGUGUCAAAUUUUUCAGCUUUCAAUAUCCAAACAUUAGGGGUGCCUUGGGAAUUGUAA